CUGCUCCUGCACAGUGCAGUGUUUGUGGCGCGCUGUGCACAUAGUCUGAUUGCGGAGGAUUGUAGAACCUCUACGUCCACACAGGAUUUAACCUGCGCCGCUGCUCACUUAUCUGACUUGGCAUGUCUCAAGACAGCCACCAUGGGAAGUGGACCAUCUCCAGCAGUGAUGAUGACGAUGAGGCUCUUCCUCCUUCUGGGACUAAGAUAUCUCAGUCCCAUCAGCCCUCUAAAUCCAGCGACAGUCCCCAUAGAUUUGCCUCUGUGGAGCCCGUGACUGACCCCGGGGAGGUGAAAUCAGAGCCGGUCGGAACCCCUGUGUCUUCACUCGUCAUUGGCUCUGAGGCCAGACAGUCUGCUGCAACAAACCAAUCGAACCCAGUAAAGUAUACCAGUAGCCCCUCACUGGCUGGGAAGCGGAAAAAGGAGUCUACAGGUAGCGCAGGCUGGGCCCUGUCAGACAGCGACGAUGACGAUGGAGAUGUAAAGGGUGGUGGUCAGAGCAUUUUGCCUAAAGAGGCGCCCUCGAGCCCGAAGACGAAAAAAACAAAGGUGGAGAGCGAGCGCCCUCCGAGUCCCCACGGCCGGCUCUACUAUAUCGAUGAGCCAGAGGACUUCUUCGAGUCCUCUAUUCCUUGUCUUAAUGACACCUUCAGGUUCUACCUCAAUAAAGUGACAGGUCUGGACAAGAAGUACAACAGCGGAGCCCUGCACAUUCGAGACAUUCUGUCGCCGUUAUUCGGAACCUUGAAAGAGUCAGUUCAGUUUAACUACUGCUUUGAUAUCGCAUGGAUGGUGAAGCAGUACCCACCAGAGUUUAGGGAUCUCCCGGUCCUGAUUGUCCAUGGGGAUAAGCGGGAGGCCAAGGCGCGGCUGUUGCAGCAGGCAAAGCCCUUUCCACAUGUUCGCUUCUGCCAGGCCAAGCUGGACAUUGCUUUUGGGACACACCACACAAAGAUGAUGUUACUGUGGUAUGAGGAAGGCUUCAGAGUCAUCAUCCUCACCUCCAACCUCAUCAGAGCGGACUGGUACCAGAAGACACAGGGUCCCAGCGCAGGCGAGUCGCCCACCUUCUUCAAGAAGGACCUGCUGGAGUACCUGGCGUCGUACCGUGCGCCAGAACUCGAAGAGUGGAUACAACGCAUCAAAGAGCACGACCUGUCAGAGACGAGGGUGUAUUUGGUAGGCUCAACCCCAGGGAGGUACGUGGGUCCAGACAUGGAACGCUGGGGUCACCUGAGGCUGAGAAAGUUGCUGUCUGAGCACACAAGUCCUGUUCCUGAAGAGGAAAAGUGGCCUGUGAUUGGCCAGUUCUCCAGCAUCGGCUCCAUGGGGCUGGAUAAGACCAAGUGGGUGGCGGGGGAAUUUCAGCGCACUCUCACCACUCUUGGGAAGUCAUCCCUUCGCCCGGACCCUCCCAUGCAUUUGGUAUAUCCAUCGGUAGAGGACGUGAGGACAAGUUUAGAAGGGUACCCAGCCGGCGGCUCUCUUCCGUACAGCAUCCAGACAGCUCAGAAACAGCUCUGGCUCCACUCCUACUUCCACCGCUGGAAGGCAGACGCUACAGGGAGAAGUCACGCCAUGCCGCACAUCAAGACCUACAUGAGGGCUUCUCCAGAUUUCUCGCAGCUGGCCUGGUUCCUCGUCACAAGCGCUAACCUAUCCAAGGCCGCGUGGGGUGCGCUGGAAAAGAACAACACGCAGGUGAUGGUGCGCUCCUAUGAGCUGGGAGUCUUCUACGCGCCGUCAGCCUUCAACAUGAAGACAUUCCCUGUUGAUAAAAAUCCAUAUCCUGUCACCUCGGCCACCUCUCGUUUCCUGGUACCCUUUGACCUGCCCCCUUCAAGCUACUCUCCAAAAGACCAGCCAUGGAUCUGGAAUAUUCCAUACAGCCAAGCCCCCGACAUGCACGGCAACAUCUGGGUUCCCUCCUGAACACACACAAACACCUCUUACUCUCACUGUCUAUCUCCUGUUUGUACUGUUUACCUGUUAGAUGUAAGUCAUGUUUUAUACUGAUCUGUAGACCAACUUUUUUUUACAAAUAAAUAAUAUGCUAUCCUUGUCCA